AGGUUGUUUCAAACAAAGGGUUUUAGAAGGUACACUGUAGCCUAUAUUUGCCCCAGGCGGUAGUAUGUCAGGGUGUGUUUGACAACGGAGACAUCAGAGCCCUAACCUGCUUGCUCUUUACAGCAAAGCUGCUUGUGAGCUAUUCAGACGCAUGAAAUAUUUAGACACUGGAGUUUCCGUUUCAGCGGGAGGGCAGUGAGAGUUGCGGGGAGGAACGGAGAGAAAGAGAGAGAUAGAUAGAAAAAGCAGGGGAAGAAAGGUGGAGAGAGAGCGACGUGCAUCAGGUAAAAAAAAAGAGUCAGAAGUCAGCGAGAGGAGAGAUUACGGUAGACAAGCCGGACAUCCUGGGCGGGAAACCAAGGAGGGAUGGAGGGAGAGAGCGAGCACGAGGAAAUUUAUACGCCACGCAACGAGCCUUUAAUCCUAGUUGACGGACAGGCCGAGGUUUUGGGUGGUGGAGGGGAUGAUGAUAACACAGCCCCCCCUGCGAUCCACGUCACUGAGGAGAGGGGCCCUGACCAGUUGGAAGAUGCUAUUGUUUCUGCCCCAGCGGGGGGAACCACGAGUGUCAUCGACAAUGAGCUGGACGCACGCAGUCUGGGUGACGCAGAGACAUCGGCGUCAUCAUCACAGGCCCCUGACGUGGCCAUGGUCUCCCAUGAGGACCAAGACAACCGCCUCUCAUUGUCUGACGGGCUGCUGGAGGAACACACACUCCAGACUCAACCUUCGCCGCCACUGACUUCACAUUUCACCGGAAUAGAGAAUCGAGUCUCAGAGCCCUGCUGGUAUUGCCUGAGGUCUCUUGAGCCAGAGCAUCGCCCUCAUGAUCAUGGACAGCCUGACGUGAUGGUGUUGCAACAGGACUACAAUUCUGUGACACCAGUGCCCCCCAGUGGCCAGAAAGUGAACUACCAGACAGACCCGCGGCCUCACUUUGGCGUGGCCUACUCCUCCCGCUCCACUGCACUCCCCCUGUGGGGGAGCGAGGGUCCGAGCUGGGUCAUCCGGAACCAGGACCUGGUGGAUCAGAAUGACACCUGCCCUCACUGCCAUAUAGCACUACCCCCAGACACACUGCGCUGGCAUGAGGUCCGCUCACACACACACAUGCAUGCACAAACACACACAGACACACACACACAUACACACACCUGCAUCAACUAACAUACAUUUGUGCACGCACACAUACACACACACAGACACACACACAAACAGUUAGUGCAUGCCCGUACCUGCACAAACUAACACAUGCACAGGCCCGUUAACACAAACACACACACACACACACACACCUACGCACACACACACACACACACACACACACACACACACACACACACACACACACACACACACACACACACACACACACACACACACACACACACACACACACUCACACUUGUGCUUGCCUGUGCCAAGUGUUACAAGUAUAACAAGCAAAGCAAAAGCAAACUGAGUCUUCUCUCUUCUCCCCAGGCAAAAUGUUUGCUCUUUGAUGGAUUCAAGAGAAUAGUAAACAAUUAAAUCUCCUGUGGGAUGAAGCUUUCUCAUGUAUCCUGAUCGAUUUCACACGCCUAAAGGAUGCUGUAUACUCCUCAGGAAACACAUCCAUGACAUCCUUGUACAAAAGAGUAUUUUUUUUUAACUAGGAUUGCAGCGGACAUUGUCUGUUAUUCGCUUUGUUUUCAGAAAAAAUGUAUAUGUCACGGACACCAAUAAAGAACAUACAUCUA